AUGUCUUCAUUGUGUUGUGGUAAUUCAUACGAGACUGCUCAGUCUGCGUUGGCCAAAAACGAUUUAAAAUGCCUUAAUGAGCUUUAUUCUCGUUUAUUGGUCGACGUUCGACCUAUGUUUACUAACGAGCAGCUGUUAGAUAGAAUUUAUGACCCCGACCAUACUCUGUGUCGAAAUUUUGGAGCUGAAAUAUAUGUGCCAAAGCACGCUCAUGACGGAAAGACUUGUACUGCAAUAAGGACACUUAAAAACUAUCAGCGAAGUACCAUGGUUGGGGAACGCUUAAAUGGUUUGGCCUUGAUGCAAAUUCAUCAGGAAAUUGUACCAGAUAUUGUGUUCCUAGGCAUGCUGAUGAGCCCUGAUAUGGGGCGAAACAGUCUUGUGUGCAUUCAAUAUUCUGAAUAGUGAAAAUCAACGACCUUGUGAUAUGUAAGUAUAAAUAUACAAUGUUUUUAUGUAUUUAUACGAUUGAGAUCUACAAGAUUCUGCAUAGCUGAAUGAUUAGACUGUUUGAUUUAAACAAUUUAUCGAAAGCAUAAAUAGUGUAGUAUGUUUUGCAAAGUAUGACGUCAUAGGUUUAGCACUGAAUGACGUCAUAAUGUUUUGCCUAUGGUAUCCAAAAUCCUAGAUCCG